AAUACAUAUAAGUCUUGUUAGCUGGUGCGUGCAAGUGCGACAAUGGGUUCCUCAAAAGUAGGGAUAGGUGGAGCAAGCGAGCGCCGCAAUCUCUAAGUGCAAUACCUACGCAUUGCUCUGUCGCGAAUACUCGACAAGCACGCACUACACUACUACUUCUAAUAAUAUAGCGUAUUGAGAGUACCAAGGAGAAACAGCACCCGCUACAACUUCCUGUAUUUCGGUGUCGGUUACCAAUCGUUAAAAAUGCACGAUACCGUCAGACUCUCCCAAGUCUAAGUAUCGUUGGUUUCGCGUGAGAUUAGUACAUUUCAUUUAAGAAAUUGACAAAAAUAGCUAGAGUGACGUAUGAUGGAUGGAAAAUCGAGAAGCACAGCGGUUACUGCGUUAAAGUACAAAAUUGCUCACUCAGAGAAAUUCGGCAGGUAUUUACAAGCGGCGAAGGAUUUAAGAGCAGGCGAGGUAAUAUUUCGAGAAACACCGAUUGCUGUUGGACUGUUAACUUCCAGCAAUAAUCCGGUAUGUUUUGCGUGUUUGCGUUUGCUGCCAAAAAUCAAGAAAGAAGUUCAAUACGUUUGUUCGAAAUGCAAUGUUGUACCUUUAUGCGAUGCUGCCUGCGAGAAACAAUCAAAGCAUCAUACGCUGGAUGAAUGUCAUAUUUUCAAAAGCAAUAAAGAUUUAUUAAUAAAUAAUAUAGAGAAUAUCACUGGUGUGUUAUUACCUUUGAGAUUAUUGCUCUUAAAACAAAGGGAUCCAGAAUCAUGGAAACGAGUCGAAUCUAUGGAAACUCACAUAGAUAAGAGAAGAAACACCUCGGUUUGGAAAGAGAGAGAAUUAGGUGUUAUAAACGUGAUGAAAUCACUUAAUUUAAUUUCUGAUGAUCCAUCUAUUUUUGAGCUUCUACAAAAGUUGUGUGGAAUUUUAGAUGUAAAUUCUUUCGAGCUUAGAUCUCCAGGAGGUCUAGAUAGUCUGCUUUUACGAGGUUUAUAUGUGGAGGCCUCCCUGAUGGCUCAUGACUGCAGGGGAAACACUCAUCUAACUGUGGAUGACACUUUUCACCUUUCUGUAUACGCUAGUUUGCCGAUUCAAGAAGGCGAUGUCAUUUUUUUCAAUUACACUUCAUCACUUUUGGGAACCAUAGGUAGAAGAGAACAUUUGCUGGUUGGAAAAUAUUUUGAAUGCGAGUGUUCGUUAUGCAGUGAUCCUUAUGAAAUGGGGUCGUAUAUGAGUAGCAUUUUGUGCCCACGAUGUAGAGAAGGAUAUAUGGGAAUGCAAAACCCUUUGACAAAGUAUCCAUAUGACAAACCAACGAGGUGGCAAUGCGACAAAUGCAGAACCUCCAUAGGAGGUCGUCUUGUAAGAGCUACUUUAAAUAUAAGCAGGACGUUAAUUGACGAUGUGGAUGAUAACGAUAUUGAAGGACUGGAAACUCUAAUGACGAAAUUAUUAAAAUCUUUUCAUCCAAAUCAUUUUUUGAUGAUAUCUUUGAAGCAAAAAUUACUAGCUGUAUAUAGAAAGGAAGUGGCAACACCAAAUCCAAAGGAAAAGAUUUUACAAAGAAUGUCGGAUAUAUGUAAACAAAUGUAUGAUGUGUUAGAGAUAGUUGAACCAGGAAUAUCUCGAUUGAAAGGAAUAAUGUUACACGAAAUGCACUUAAUAUUAGUGUUGUUAGCGAAACGCGCAUAUUCUGCAGAAGAAAUUUCUUCAAACGAAUUGGUUUUACGUUUAGAAGAGGCCGAAUGUGUCUUGAAAAAAUCCUUAAAAAUGCUUCUUCUGGAACCAAUAGACACACCAGAAGGAAAAUUAGCUAAACGUGCUUUACAAGAAUUAAAAGUAUUAACUCAGAACAUAGUCGAUGUUAAAACUAUUACUGUAACCCAGAAUAUUCGUAGUUAUGAUAAAAAGAAGUUACGCAAAAAUAAAUCUAAUAAAAGAAAAUAA